GGUAACAAGCCAGAGCAUCGCCAUUUUGUCAGAAGGGUUUUUUUCCCCCCCAGCCUCAGUCUUUUCAAAUCUUCUCCCUUCCCGCCGGAAUAAUGCUGUCACUGGAUAUAUGUUUGACAUUUUUCGAUAAAGAAACGCGUCGAGUGGAACGGAUCAUGAAAAUCAAGAGGCAAACAAUCUAUUAAGAGUUAAGGCGGUUAGGCGGCGGCGGCGGCGGUCCGCGUCUCCGGUCCACCGGGCCGGUUCACUGCGCAGGUUUGGACCGCGCGCCAUUUUGUGAAAAUUGACAUAAAAUUCUUAUCCAAAAAAUUAUCAGAGGACACGCUUUUUGCGACGCGAUCCAGACCUCCGGGAUUCAGCCGAGCGGUCACGUCUGUCGAAAAGAUACCCGUCGCGGAAACUAGCACUAGAGACACGACAAAUCGGAAUUUACGACGAGGUUUAUUUAGCGGGCAGCUCCUAAUCGUUAGCUCGGAGGAAAGGAGCUAAAGCUAGCAAACGGGGCUAAUGCUAGCCGCGUUCAUUUUGUCAACUCGCUAGCCUAGCCCGUUCGGCUAAGGUUAGCUAGUGAGUAAUGCGUGCUAGUUAACGUUAGCGGGCAGCUAGUCACCAGCUGAUUGUUCUCAAAGACGCCUUGAGUGGCCCGUUCGGAUUCUGAGCAAACUUAGUGCGCUGGGCAUGGUGGAGUAGCCGGCCGCGGAUGGUUCUAGACCUCGCCGGGGUGAAGAGGAAGGGGAAUCGGGUUUAACGUCCCUGGCUAACCGCGCAGGGAGGGGAGAAUCUCAAACUGGAUAAGUUGCCUCAUCAUACAGGUUAUUGGACUUUAAAUGAAGAUCGUGCCAUCAGGGGAGGAGAGACUUCAGCAUGCAAACCUUCGUCCGUCCGGCUUGCGCCCUCUUUUUCUUUCCACACUGCUGGUCUUCAGAUGGCUGCUCCAAUGCCCCAUACGCACCAGCAGUACAGUGACCGCCACCAGCCAAGCACUGACCAAUCUGUUGCGGUCUUACCGUACAGCGACCAGACCCAACAGCUCACUGCCAAUCAGAGGCACAUGCCCCAGUGCUUUCGUGACCCAACUUCGGCUCCCUUGAGGAAGCUCUCCAUUGACCUUAUCAAAACAUACAAACACAUCAAUGAGGUUUAUUAUGCAAAGAAGAAGCGUCGCCACCAACAGGGGCAGGGCGAGGACUCCAGCCACAAGAAGGAGAGGAAGGUCUUCAACGAUGGCUAUGACGAUGACAACUAUGACUACAUCGUCAAGAACGGGGAGAAGUGGAUGGACCGCUAUGAGAUCGACUCCUUGAUAGGGAAGGGGUCUUUCGGACAGGUUGUGAAGGCUUAUGACCGUGCAGAGCAAGAAUGGGUUGCCAUUAAAAUAAUUAAGAACAAGAAAGCUUUCCUCAAUCAAGCCCAGAUUGAAGUGCGGCUCCUAGAGCUCAUGAACAAACAUGAUACCGAGAUGAAGUACUACAUAGUCCACCUGAAGCGUCACUUCAUGUUCCGGAACCACCUCUGCCUGGUGUUCGAGAUGCUCUCCUACAACCUGUACGACCUGCUGAGGAACACCAACUUCCGCGGCGUCUCCCUCAACCUGACGCGGAAGUUCGCCCAGCAGCUGUGCACGGCGCUGCUCUUCCUGGCCACACCGGAGCUCAGCAUCAUCCACUGUGACCUGAAGCCCGAGAACAUCCUGCUCUGCAACCCCAAGAGGAGCGCCAUCAAGAUUGUGGAUUUCGGCAGCUCGUGCCAACUGGGACAGAGGAUAUACCAGUACAUCCAGAGUCGCUUCUACCGCUCCCCAGAGGUGCUCCUGGGGAUGCCCUACGACCUGGCCAUAGACAUGUGGUCCCUCGGAUGCAUUCUGGUGGAGAUGCACACGGGGGAGCCCCUCUUUAGUGGAGCCAAUGAGGUGGAUCAAAUGAACAAGAUCGUAGAAGUGCUCGGGAUCCCACCGAACCACAUAAUGGACCUAGCUCCGAAGGCCAGGAAGUUUUUUGAGAAGCUCUCGGAUGGUACAUGGAGUGUAAAGAAGACCAAAGAUGGCAAACGGUACAAGCCCCCAGCUUCUCGUAAGCUCCACUCCAUCCUGGGCGUGGAGGCGGGCGGGCCCGGUGGCCGCCGGGCGGGCGAGUCCGGCCACGCGGUUGCCGACUACUUGAAGUUCAAGGACCUGAUCUUGCGGAUGCUGGACUACGACCCCAAGAGCCGCAUCCAGCCCUACUAUGCCCUGCAGCACAGCUUCUUCAAGAAGACUGCCGACGAGGGGACCAACACGAGCAGCAGCGUGUCCACUAGCCCCGCGCUGGAGCAGUCCCAGUCUUCAGGAACCACGUCCAGCACCUCCUCGAGUUCAGGAGGGUCGUCUGGGACAAGUACCAGUGGCCGAGCGAGGUCAGACCCGACCCAUCACCACUUGCACAGUGGAGGACACUUUGGGCCGGUCAUGCCCGCCAUCGAGGGCGACAGCCUCUGCCCACAGGUGAGGCAGCCCUACCCUCCUCCAUUGGUGUGGGGAGGCGGCGUGGUCCCCGAGUCCGUCACUGGAGAGACCCACCCGGUUCAGGAGACCACCUUCCACGUCCCCCCCCAGCACCCCAAGGCCCUGCAUCCCCACUCACACCCCCAUCACCACCACGGGCAGAUGAUGGCCACAAGGCCCCGUCCGCGCCACUACACCUCCCCGACACACAGCUCCUCGACACAGGACUCCAUGGAGGUGGUGCAUGGCCACCUGUCCAUGACCUCCCUGUCUUCCUCUGCCUCCUCUUCCUCCACAUCUUCCUCUUCCACUGGGAACCAUGGCAACCAGGCGUACCAGCUCCGCCACCUGCCCGUGGGCGCCCUGGACUUUAGUCAGAACGGUGGGCUGAGCAUGGGGCUGGGCGCCUUCUCAAACCCCCGGCAGGAGACGGGCAGCAUGGCUGCGCACCCCGCGUUCCCCAUGGGCACAAACACGGGGCCGGCGCACUACCUGGGGGAGGCCCACCUGGGCCUAAGGCCGGGCAUGGACCGAGAGGAGUCUCCGAUGACCGGAGUGUGUGUGCAGCAGAGUUCCAUGGCCAGCUCGUGACUGCGCUGACAUUUGGCUGUGUGUUUCCCCCCCCCUGUGCGUCAUUUUUAAGGUGGUGUUUUUUACUACAAGGUGUGUUGAGAACAAAAAGCUGCUCGCGUCAGAAGGGAGAUAUCACUGAACCGCUACUACAGAGGAAAAAAAAAAACGUUUUUUUUGGGGUUAAAAAGUAUAUAUGUAAUUUACAUCCGUUUUCUUUUUUUCUUUUGCAAUCAUUAGGAACAAAGUAAUAUUGCAGAAUAACCAUAGUAAGAUCGAGACAUCCAUCUUACCAUUUCACCAGUUCCAUGUAAUCACAAUCACCAUAUGGUAUUAUGUGGCAAAAUCUUCUGAGGAGCAUUUCAGAACGACGUUUGAGGCUGGUUUACAGGUAGCCGUCGGUGGCAACGCGCGCGGCGUCCUCUUUCGGUUCAGGCCGUGGAACGUCUGACAUUAACCGUUCCACAGGUUGUGGUUAUUUUUUUUUGCCCUCUUUUUAUUUUUUACUUUUUAAUGGAAAUUUUACCUAAGAGCUGCUUGUAAAUCCUGUAGCUUGACGAGGGGGGGGUGUUUGCAGUGAUAUUUCAUGUUGUCGGUCGGUAUGGUGUAACUCUGUCAAAAGGGGAGCACACACACACACACACACACCACGGUGGAGUCCCUAGAGCACGUGCUGGCCAGGACAGAGAGGGGGGGGGAUGGGGGUCGGAGAAGGGGAGCAGCAGCAGCAGGAGGAAGGAGACCCCCCCCCCCCACCCCCCCGCACGCCGACGCAGACACCGACCCGGUGUCGGUAGCGGAGGGUGCUGGCGCCGCCCCUCGGGCCCCAGGGGCCCGCAGCCUUGCACGCUGCGCCAGGGCCCGGCACAGACGAGAGCGGCGGUGGGCGCGGGCCACGAGAAGACCCCGCCCACGCAGCAGCAGCAGGACAGUCAGUGGCUGGUUCUUGGAUAACCCUUUGGCCUUACGACUCACGGACUUGGAAUGGAACGGAGCUGGACGUUAUUAUUUGAAUUAAGAUGGCUUUUCUCUAUUUUUCUCUCUAGACAGCCCUUAAUUCUUUAAGGAAAUUAAAACAAACAUAAAAAGGUAAAUAAGAAUGGUAAUUUGAGGCCUUUCUCUACAAAGUUUUUCUUCUCAAGCAGGGCCCCACAUAACAGGGUCUUAUUGUACACAACAACCUCCUAAACAUUACUUCCUUGAAAAUCUUAUUCACUAAUUAAGGAUUUUGCAGUGGAAAGAACUAUCUAUUCCAGAGUCUACCCUUUUUUUGUUUUUGCUUUUUUUGGUUACUUAUCCCCCCCCCUUCCGCUUUUGCAUGUAGUUCCUCAUCAGAACCACCUGCACAAGUCUCUCCAUCCAAAACGUGGAAACGGAAGAAAAAAAAUGUUACGUGACUGCCUUUUUUCUCCUCAAAUUAUGCUGUGAAUUUUACAAGAAUUUAUUUUCCCUUUGGAUAUGUUUUUAUACCAAAGCAGUUGUUUUAUAGCAUAUAGGUGUCUGUAACCAAUAAUGUAGCAGUUCACCACUUUUGACGCAAAAGUUUAUCAUGAUUAUUUUAACGUCAAUACAAAAAAAAAACAGCUGCAAUAUAUUACUUUAGCAAAACCGGAGACCGUCGUCGAGAACGUUGGCUAUUGUAUAUUAUGACCAGAUUCGUUUUACCAAAACUGUUUCCAUAUUAAUUGGUAGAUUAUUUUGGGAGUCUUUUAAAAACUUUGGUAUGUUUAGAAACAUUUGGUAGUUACUCUGCAGGCCCCAGAGUAGCAGGAUAGAAGCUGAUGGUUUAAAAAAAAAAAAAAAGAAGAAAAAAAAAAAGAAAAAGAGACUAAUGCGUUCUAUUUGUGUCGUAUUUUUUCUUUUGCCCCUCCCUCCCCCACCCCA